GGAAUACCGGAGAUCAAAAUUAGGGGCCCGUUUCCCAUCAGUUAUCGGAACACUUGGUCUCGCUCCCUGCUUCCGUGUGAAUCCUGCAGCCAUGGCAGCCCCUGGUUGCUUCCUACGCUCCUCAACCCUCACCUCAUCUUCCAAAUCCCUUUUCUCGCAAACCCUAAGAUUCCUUUCGACCUCACAGAGCUCAACAGUACCAUCCGCAUCGACGUCGCCUUCGCACCACAACGCUCACAAGCACAACCACACAUUUCUGGCUCCAAAUUCCUUCGUGGGGUCAUGGACGCCUCCUUCGGACCCUGACGAGGCCCAGGCCAAGCUUGCACUUCUCCGCCGCCAGUACGCUCAGCAAGUUAAGCAGCUCCGCAAGGAGUACAUCCGCGAAGUGGAGCAGCAGCGCCUCGAGAAGCAGCGCAAGGACGAAGCCAGGCGCGAGACUAUUCGAGCUGCCAACGAGCAGCGCAAGUCCGAGAAGGCUGCGAUAGCGCAGGUGAAAGCCGCCGAGCGGAAGGUCGCGCAGGAGGAGUUUCGACAAACCCUAUUAAAAGAGCGUGCCAAGAAGCUUGAGUCAUGGAGAAUGAAAGAAAAACAGAGAGAAGAGAAGAAGAAAGAGAAGAAUGAACUUCUGCGGCGUCAAAGCUCUGUUUGGAUUGAUGAACAUCAUUUGGAGAAGACGAUCAUGGAAGUCAUUGUCGAUACCACACCCCUAUGAGGUACCUUGUCAAUCAUUAUUAUCAAGUUGGAGCACACUUCCAAGCCUUCAAUUCCCAUUCAAAACCUAAAAACCCUGGUCAGGCUUUUACACCCAUAAAAGCUUAUUUGCUUCUUGCGCAGCUUUCCUUUGGAAGAUGCAGCCGUCUCAUACUACGGUCCAUAUUGAAUGACUUUUCUGUUGGUUUCUUUUUUCGUUUUUGUUUUGUUUUGUUUUGUAUGUGUUUGUUAUUUAUUUAUUUAUUUUUUGUUUUUUCUAGAAAAAUCUUGAUGACUGUUGAGAUAGCUGUUACGAACAGAAUCAGUUGUUCACCUA